CCGAGGCAGUUGGAGGAGUGUGUGGGUUCUCCUGCCCGGCAGCUACGGAGCGCCCGCGGCUGAUCCGUCCCGGUCGCUGCGUCCCGCGUGGUGCAGGCUGCCCGCUGAGCUGAGCGGCGGCGGCGGCGGGACCUGACGGACGCGCCUCCCGGCACGCCAGGCUCCACGCUUCCCUUCGCCCGCACUUCCUCCUGCCGCAGCGCGGUGCCGGCUGAGCGGGCGGGAUGGCGGCCCGGGGGAGCUGCCCGGCGCCGACGCGACGGCUGCUCGUGCUCCUGCUGCUUCCGCUGCUCUGGGCCCCGGUCGGGGUCGGCGCCGGCCCCGACGAAGACCUGAGCCACCGGAACCAGGAGCCGCCGGCACCCGCCCAGCAGCUGCAGCCGCAGCCCGCGGCCGUGCAGGGCCUCGAGCCGGCCCGGGCCGAGAAAGGAGUUACACCAGCCGCCCCAGUUCACACCAACAGAGAAGAUGCAGCUACCCAGACGAAUCUGGGAUUUAUCCAUGCAUUUGUCGCUGCCAUAUCAGUCAUCAUAGUGUCUGAACUCGGUGACAAGACGUUUUUCAUAGCGGCCAUCAUGGCGAUGCGUUAUAACCGGCUGACUGUGCUGGCUGGUGCCAUGCUUGCCUUGGCCCUGAUGACAUGCUUGUCGGUUUUGUUUGGCUAUGCCACAACAGUCAUCCCCAGGGUGUAUACCUACUAUGUUUCAACUGCACUCUUUGCCAUUUUUGGCAUCAGAAUGCUUCGGGAAGGUUUGAAGAUGAGCCCAGAUGAGGGUCAGGAGGAGCUGGAAGAAGUUCAAGCAGAGUUGAAGAAGAAGGACGAAGAAUUCCAACGAACCAAACUCUUAAAUGGACCAGAUGUUGAAACUGGUACAAGCACAACAAUACCUCAGAAAAAGUGGUUGCAUUUUAUUUCACCCAUUUUUGUUCAAGCGCUCACGUUAACAUUCUUGGCGGAAUGGGGAGAUCGCUCUCAACUCACUACUAUUGUUCUGGCAGCUAGAGAGGAUCCCUAUGGUGUAGCAGUGGGUGGAACAGUGGGACACUGCUUAUGCACUGGAUUGGCAGUAAUUGGAGGAAGGAUGAUAGCACAGAAAAUAUCUGUUAGAACAGUGACAAUCAUAGGAGGCAUCGUUUUUUUGGCAUUUGCGUUUUCUGCACUAUUUAUAAGUCCAGAUUCUGGUUUUUAAAACGCUGUCCAUCUGUAUUCAGCUUAAGAUAUGCAACUUUCUGUACAUAGUGUACAUUACAACUAAAAGUAAUGGAAAAUACUGUAUUUUGUAGUAUUAAUUUGUAAGUUUGACCCAUUUAAUGAAGUAUUAUGUCCAAAA